AUGAGGGAACUGCCGAACCGGUUCCGCACGGUGACGUCCGCGCGGAAGGCGUGUCGGGGGGACUUCGUGCGAGUGAAUGGGGAUCUCGUCGCGCAGGACGACGUGGUGCGCGCCGGCGACGAAGUGACGCUGUUCGAGAAGGUGCUGACUGUGCCGGAGGUGAUCAAAGUGGGCAAGGACGUCGCGAUCCCGGGCCACGGCACGCCGGAGCUCAGCGGGGUGGAGCGCCACGCGCCGGACGAGGGCGCGACCGCGGCGCAGUUCCACUACGAGGAUGGCGAGGUGGCGUGGAGCGGGACGACGAACGAGGGCUUCCGGAUCCUGUACGAGGACCGGGACCUCGUGGUCGUAGAGAAGCCGCGCGGCAUGCGCGCGUCGCCCAAGCACGGCCCGCGGCCCCAGGGCGCGCCGCGAGCGCACGAGCACACCGCCACGCGGGCGUACGUGUUGGCCAAGUGCCUGGAGUCGAGGCGGGAGACCGAGUCCGGCGUGGCGGUGGACCUGGACGAGUUCGUGCGGACGCAGGCGGACCGCAUCCGGGGGCAGGUGCCCGACUCGGCGCGCCCGUUGUGGAUCCCAGAGGCGGUGCUGGGCGCCGACACGUGGGCGGGCGGGCUGUUGGUGCUCGCGAAGACGAGCGAGGCGCGCGACGCGCUGCGGCAAGUCUUCGCGGAGGACCACCCGCUGCGCGUGGAAUCCAAGUGGGUCUGCGUGACUACGCGCAGCGUGCCGCAGGCGGGCCGGCAGGUUCGGAUUCGGCUCGACGGGCGCUUGGCGGCGUCGUGGGUGACGCCGCUGCGGCGCGUGCGGUCGGCGAAGCCGCAGCUGACGGACGGGAAGCCCGAGGUUGAGGUCGUGGCGGUCACCACGUCAACGCUCCGCAGACGCCAGGUCCGCCGACACAUGGCGUACGCGGGGUACCCGGUGCUGGGCGACGAGCAGACGCGGUACUUGGUGAAGAAGCGCGGACGGUACUCCUCCUCGGCGCGCGGGCUCGUGUACGACCCGAACCUCGGCGUCCACGUGGACCCCGUCACGCGCCAGCCCGUUGCCGACGCCAUCCUCGGCAGCGCGCGGGAGGCGCGGGUCCGGUCGCGCGCGGACCUGCAGCGGGAGCGCGGGCAGCGCAAGACCGUCGUGUCGCGCGCGGUGGAGGACCUGAACAGGAUGCACCUGGAGUCGCCGUCUCGCGCGGAGUACGAGGCGCAGUUGCAGCGCCCGGAGCCAGUGUCGGACAGGGGCGGCCUGACUGACGGCGAGACGUUUGACGACGAGGGGCGCGGCGCGGCGGUGCAGCGGGCGCGGCGGGAGCUCCUGUCGGACCGCCGGAGCCGCUCGGGCGUCGCCGGGGACGGCCCGGCGGCUUCGCCGGACGUGUCGGGGGCGGAGCGACGGGGGUUGGAUGCGCCGCGCGUCAUGCGGCACGCGCACGGGGCGAGGAGCCCCCCGCUGGCGCUGUGGUGCGUGGGGCUGCGGAUCGAGCACCCGGUGACGGGGAAGAUAGUGCGCGUGCAGACGGGCCUGCCGCCCGAGGUGCGCCACGCGCUGGAGUCGGACGAAUGGUACGACGGUGUGUUUGAGCAGUGGGCCAAGGUGAAGCCGCCCGGGACGGAGCAGCGGGAGCAGGACUGGCGGCGGCGCAGCGGGCCGGAGUUCGCGCGUAGUGCCAGGCAGGAGUGGGAGGACGCAGACCUGAAUUAG